GCGUGACGUCAUAAGACUGUGCGAGUUCCCGUGUCUGUUGUGAAUCAGCUCAAGAAAGAGAAAGUCCUGCUGAAGUGACUGAGAUCCUCGUGACACACUGAUAUAAAGAUGGCGUUUAUUAAAGAGGAGAGUGAAGACUUCAGAAUUGAAGAAGUGUUCAGUCUGAAACAAGAAGAGACGGAGGAACAAAUAGGCCAAGAUCCGUAUGCAAUGGAACAGACAGAUCAGUGUGAGAAACUCCAUGAUUUAAUAAUUGGUGAAAAAACAACAAAGACUGAAAUGGCUUCUAUACGAAAAAGAGCUCAGAAAACCAAAUCUAACAGCCAUUUCACCUGCCAUCACUGUGGAAGGAGUUUCACAGAAAAACAAAAUCUUCAAACGCACAUGAGAAUUCACACUGGAGAGAAGCCUUUCAACUGCCAACAGUGUGGAAGGAACUUCGCUCAACAAGGAUCCCUCAAAAAUCACAUGAGAACUCACACAGGAGAGAAGCCUUUCAACUGCCAACAGUGUGGAAAAAGUUUCACUCAAAAUGCAUCCCUUAUAUAUCACAUGAGAAUUCACUCGGGAGAGAAGCCUUUUACCUGCCAACAGUGUGGAAAGAGUUUCACUCAAAAAUCAUACCUUCAGAGUCACAUGAUAACUCACUCGGGAGAGAAGCCUUUCACCUGUCAGCAGUGUGGAAAGAGUUAUACACAGAAAAGCACCCUUCAUACCCACAUGAGCAUUCACACUGGAGAGAAGCCUUAUACAUGUGAACAGUGUGGAAAGAGUUUCCCUGGAAAACAAAAGCUUAAAGUCCACAUGAGAGUUCACACUCAAGAGAAGCCUUACUCUUGCAAGUAUUGUGGGAAGGGUUUCACACAUGCAUGCUCCCGGUAUUACCACAUGAGAAUUCACACUGGACCAAAGCUGUUCACAUGUGAUUGUUGUGGAAAGAUCCUCACAACAGAAUUUAGCCUUAACUGUCACAAGAUGAUUCACACUGGAAAGAAACCCUUCGAAUGUGAUCAGUGUGGAAGGUGUUUCACACGUAAGGCAAAACUUAGUUACCACAUGAAGACUCAUUCGGCAGAGAAAUGCUGUAAAUGUGCUCAGUGUGAAAAGAGUUUCAAGAAUAAACGUACUCUAAAUGCUCACAUGAAAAAACAACACACUCGAGAGGAGCCUGUGGGAAGAGCUUCUCACAAUUAAUCUUAAGAUCCACUUGAAAUGUGUGUGGAAUCUUGAAGAAACCCACAUGAGAUAUCAAUCAGGAGAGAACUAUUAUGCCAUCAUUGUGCAAAGUGUUUCUCAGUCAGAGGAAACCUGAAGAUUCACAGAGGAGUUCAGACUGGAAAGAGACCUUUCAAAGAUCAUUCUGGAAAUAAAGUGUGACUUGGUUUACCAAAAGAAGCAAUUUAAAAAAUCCCCAGCAUAUUCACUCUGGAGAAAGGCCUGUUAACUUUGAUCAAUGUAAUACAUUUGACAUUACACCUGAAAGAUACACUUAAGAAGUCACACAUUUUUGUGCUUUGUGGAAAAUAGACCUGCAUUUUAAGAGAGCAUAAGAAAAUACGUAUAUGUUUGAAAUUACCUAAAAUCAACCAUGGUUUUACUAAAAAAAAAAAAAAAAAAAAA